CUUUGUUGAUGCCUGCUCUUGCUAAGGAUUGUGGUAGACUGGAAACCUGUGAACGAGCUACGAGCAAUGGAUCCAAGCAUGUCUCUCCCGCAUCUCGAGGCUCCUCGCGAUGUCAUGCGAUUUGGUCUCGGUCAGCUCCGCGACGAAGUGACUGCCGCUCAUCCGGUCGAAGAGAUACAGAGACAGAGACUGAAGGAGCAUGAGGGUCUCGUUGACAUGAACUUGGGGAGGGUCUAUGGGUCAGCCUUCCCUGCGCAGCUGCACAUGGAGCGGCAAAUACUGUCCAAAGUCAAGCGGUUGCCUGGUCUCCCGUCAUCUCAUCUUGGCUUGCAGUCCAUGAUGGGUACUCUUGAUGAGCUCGCAGUGGAAGAUGUGGUCGGUUAUGGAGAUAAGGUGGAAAUUCCCCUUGUGGAUUUGCAUGAGAUGAUGGAAUACAGGCUCGGCCUUGCAGUGGCACCUCCUAGGUCAUGAUAGAGCAGCUUAGAAUGAAUUGAAUGAUCCAUGCAUGUGAUGCUUUGUUGAUAGGCUCUUGUUGAUUUCGGCCUGACAUCGGGGUGUACGCCUGUUUGUCCUCGUUCAUUUUGUGGAAACCGUAAUUACGGCGUCAUGCUCUUAUCGCGUGUCUU